CAAGUCGCGUCAAUGGUCCCGCUGAACCCUUCUUCGUCUACACUUGACCUCUUCCGUCGUCGUCUCACGCAACAACAAUCCGUACGCGCUUUACCUGGAUCGCUCGUGUAUAUCUCUCUUACAAUGGAUUUUGAAAAACUCAAAAUCUACCUGUUCGCACUCAACUAUGGACGAUGAACACGAGCUCUUGGUUCACAUCUCUGCACCGGCGACUCGACAAAACGAUCAACUUUACCGUUCCUUAGCCGACGCUUAUCUUGACUUUGAACCGCAUCGGAACAACGUAGAGGAAUCACCACAACACGAUGUGUCGAGUCAGUUUGCUACUUCCAGAGUGAGCGACCCUUCGCCACCAAACAAAGGAAGUUCAUUCCGUGGAUCCAUCAACACGUCAAUAUUAUCGACCAGCAAAGAUUCAUACGGCAGUUUCCCGUCUUACUUAUCGUCCGAUGGAAAUUCCAAAGGAAACGCUGGUGCGUCUUCCGAAUGGGCGGCAGAAGACGACUUUGCGCCAACGUCCAGUCGGCUUGCACAAUUAGAACGUAUCCAUCAGAACUGGAGAGUGCAAUCGACACCCAAGUCAAGCGCUGCUAGCAAACGGCGGUCUACAAAAGAUGUCGCCAGCAGUCCGGAAGAUGCUGAUACGGCGUUUAUUGAGGAUACGCAAGCUGCGGUUCAGGCAUUACAGAGUCAAUUGCAGGAUAGCUUUUCCAUGACUUCAGAGAACACAUCCGGAGACGAGUCAGAUGCUGGAGAUGUUACGCAGGAAGUCUCUUCGUCGCCUGUUGAGCCGGCGGAACACACGAUUGUCGCUACUGCAGAAGAGCCGGGUUCGCCUAGCGCUACAUCUUCCCCCGAGGUACCUAUCACAAAUAUGAACCUUCUGGAAAGUACGCGCCCGGAGAUCGCUAGCGAUAUACCAGACGCCAAGACCCCUGCUUCGCAAGAACCACAUCCCGAGUCCAGCAGCGUAGCAGAGGAACAGCAAGAUAGUUUCCGCUCAGAUGAUGUGUCAAAGCCAGCAUCCUCAUUAGCAGAAGACAAAGCCAGCGAGAACAGCAAGGUGCAAGAAAUUGACAAUUCCGGUCCGCCCAUAGACUUCACCAAAUAUCCGGAAAUGGUAGAAUCUCCACCACCAAAGAUAGGAGUGGAGAGUCCAAAGACCUGGCCUACCCAAGUCACACCCUAUCUGGAAGCCCUCAAGGAACAGUAUCCAGACAAGUUCAAACCAAUCAGAAAGUCACGCAAUCCCGUGCGCAAUGAAAAAGGUCAUUGGCUCAUUGACUUUUCGACUUGGCCUGCGCAGGCUCAAAAGGACCUCUGGGAUGGCGUGUGUGAGCCGCUUAAGGACGGCAGACUUAGUUGGGGAGCAUUCUUAUACCGAGAGAAGGGUUCUUCUGAAACUCUUGGGAGAGUGCAGCUGUUUAAUUGGGGAGAGCUUGCAGAGCAUAUGUGGUUGUUGUUGUGGGUUUGUUCUAAGGGGAAGAUAGUCGGCGCGGGUCUCAAGUGGAUGGUCGGCCGCGACGUGAUCUUGGUGAUGGAUUGAAUUGAUAUGGAACGUCCAAGAUGAUCUAAGGUUUUGACCAAUAUGAGAGGACAUCUGGCUUGAAAUCUACUAAAUGCACAAAUUGAAGUCAAAUUUUCUGUUCACCCCAGUUUAUAGAUGAAGGUCUAGUGAAAGUAAAUUACCGAAUAGCGCCUUUACGCGACCGACAUAACC